UGUCUCUCAACCUAUCCGUCUCUUCAUCCUAAUUAUUCUCUCUCACUCCUUUCUCCCCAUCCUCCUGCUUCUUAAACAUCCACCUCUGGUCUCUAAAACCACACCGCUCCCAUCUCUUACGAUAUGCCGCGCAAGCCGCCAUGUCUCGCUGCCCCUUGGGAUUCCCCAGCUCUCCGGUUUGCCCGUCUUCCCCUUGAAGAACGCAUCACUAUCGUGAAACGUAUCCACAACGAAAUGCUCGCCGCACAGCCCCAGCUUCCAGAGUCUCCUUUGCGCGACGAGUGGACCACAGCAGACUUUGACAUUCCUCUGUGCGACACUUACACAAGCUUGUGGAUGCAGUGCGUUUGGGCGCCCAAGAAAGCCAGUAUCGCCAUCCACGGCGCGUUCGACACUGGCAACUGGAACAACGUCUGGUCGCUCACCGUAACCCUUGCGGUCGCCGACCGCGUCAUGCAAAUGAGCUCGUACGAGAACGACCACAUCCUUUUGAGGGGCUCUCCGCUUUUGCCCAUCGAUGUGUGGAUGGCACACCGUGAGGCAGACAUUGCGGUCGCCUACAACGCCUUGACCGAGAUGCUGAGGCCUUACGUCCACGGCACGUCGCUUCCUUCGCUGCACGAGGCGCGUCGCUUAGCGCUUUUUUGCUUGCGCUGCACCAUGACCCACUUUGACGCCGGGGUGGACAUGCCUGACGUGCCAGAUCUGCCUGAGCUGGAGUUUAUGAACGGACUCGAGUUCGGCCCGUACGCUCCCGUCAUUGAGGACUUGCACACCUAUGGCGGGAACAAUGCGCGGCUUGUCCGGGGGAGUGUCGGUACGGAUGCGAGUGCGCGCACUCGGGUCGAUGAGGAGCUCGACCGCUGGGCGAAUGAGAAUCCUGACUAUCCCAACAAGGUACGAAAGUACCUCGACGAGUACGGUGGUCGCGCCCCACUCUGCCACAUGCCACCGCGUCCGCUGCCGGUGAUCCCGAGGCCAACUGUCUAGGAACCGCACACGACCCGAUCCACUGUUGCGCGACUCUCUUUCUCCGUCUCCUGUGCUUUGUAGUGCCCCCACAUGGGACAUUCUGUCGAAUGUCCCAUCUCUCACUCGAGCAUGUGCUCAGUCGUAUGUGUAUCGUCAUUCCCUUUGGGUAUUUAUGAACGCUUGUGUUGUUGAGC